UGAUUCCGGAAAAGCGCUGUGACGGUUUAGAUGCUACUGCGGACUGCAGGUGACAUUUCGGUCUGCAACGUAGCGCUCUAUGUCAAUUUUAUGCAUGCCAAACAAAUCAGUAACGAGAGAAAUAUCUUCACGGGACAGUGAUCGUCACAAAUUUUAUGCCUGCCAAGUAGAAGCUGGCCAAGAGUUCACUUCCGAAAAGGCGAAAAUUACGUCCACUUCUCUCGAGGCACGAGGACGGAUUGGAGAAAGGGAGAGGCAGCAGGAACGACGGAAGGGACGCUGCGUGGUGAAGAUGGAAACCAAACCACUUUGGUUCGUCUUCCCUGUCCCUCAAUAUGGCCUACUUCCGUCAGGCCUGGAGAGAGUGCGCACUAUAUAAGUCUUGCAGACUCCACAGUGCAUACACACUGUUGACAGUGAUUUGCAACCAGCAGGGAUUAACACACGCCCUACACGUACCCCGAAAAGGACUUAUCGCUGCGAAUUUGUACUCUUCAUCAAGCACCAUCAUGAUGAACACAUGUGCCGUGAUUAUGGCUCUUUUUGCUUUGGCGUACGCCGGAGACUACGACGAUGCACAGGUUAUCAUUUCUCAGCAACCUGACUACCACUACAAGCCGCAGCCAUACACGUUCGGCUACGAGAUCAAGGACGAGUGGGGCAACACGCAGCACAGGCGGGAAGACAGCGACGAGUACAACACAAAGAGGGGCUCAUACGGGUUCACUGACGCCAGAGGAAUCUACAGGAAGGUAGAGUACGUAGCUGACGGACACGGCUUCAGGGCCGUCGUCAAGACGAACGAACCUGGCACUGCGUCUCAGAACCCUGCACACGCCCAUUUCCAUUCCUCGGCUCUCCACGUGCCUGCUCAUGUUCUUCAGCAGCAGCACACUGUUCCUGUCUACGUCGCAGUCGCUCAGCCCAUAGAGGAAUCGCACCAUUCCAAACACAACGGCGGAGGCUAUGGUCACUACUGAAGACGGGAAAAACAAUAUAUAAAGAAGCAUAAAGCUUUUCAAAUGCUUUGUGUUCAGGCCAUAAAUGCCGAUUAGUUCGGCAGGCCUUCAUGGAGCUCGAUAUAAACUGAUCCUGCUCUGCGAUUGAACAGGAGGGGGACCCAGUACGGACCUAAAGUUAUAACAUCGAGCUAUAGGAACCGCUCUGUAUACAGUGUAAAUAUGGAUAUCAAUGCUGUACAUAUAUUCGUUUGUGCCGGCGAUACUGCACAUGCUUUUUCAGCAAUAUCUGCUCUGUACUUGACAUAUCAUUUUGUUUUCAAAAAAGCCCCAGCUGUCAUCAUACCCCUCUGAGUGGCUAACUUAAACUCUUCGAUUCUGUCAAGUUACUUCUUCGUUUAAAUGUGUACUUUUCCUGUUUCCUCGUUUCGUGUCUUCACUCAACUUGUCCAUAUUGUGCAUGUGCUGCUUGAACAAAU